GUUAUAUUUACGUUUGGUCUGGACUCAAGGAAUGGACGAACAAACUAGCUCACACCGCUGCACUAGAAUACUCUACUUUACAUGGAAAAUUUUCACAUGUUUAUUUACACAUGUUAUGCUGGUAACAUUGGUUGUUGCCUAUUGCAUGCUGGGGGCGGUAACAUUCGAACAUUUAGAGAGAGAUAAUGAGAUAUUUGUAAAAGAAAAUAUUACGUAUAUGAGAAGAAAUAUAACGGAAGACUUGUGGCUAUAUACAAAAGACAUGCCAGUUCUUCGGCAAGAAAAUUGGACUAUUCACGCAUUGAAAAAGCUGAAGGUAUUUGAAAAUGACCUGGUCUUAGCUAUGAGAAAGUCUGGUUGGGACGGUUCAGAAGAUAUUAACUCUCUCCAAUGGACAUUCGCUGGAGCUUUGUUUUAUUCCAUAAUUGUUAUAACGACUAUUGGUUAUGGUCAUAUUGCUCCUAAAACACAACUUGGGAAGGUUUCUACUAUAUUUUAUGCCAUUGUAGGAAUACCGCUAAUGCUGUUGUGUUUGUCGAAUAUAGGAGACAUAAUGGCUCACUCUUUUAGGUUUCUUUAUUGGCGGGUCUGCUGUUACUCCUGUACUAGAGAGGAACAGAGUAGGCAAAAUUCAAGAAGAAGGCAGAGAAUGCACUCAGGAUAUGACCGCAACGUUACAAGAGAUGUUCUUCAGUCUUCUUAUAAUAUGCGAAGUAUGGGUCCUUCGCAAGUAGGCGAUAAACAACUCUACAAACAAGAAGCAGAAGACUGGGAAAUAAUUGGAGAAGAAGAGAUAAAAAAUCAAAAGCGGAUAAGACGAGGAGGAAGUGGUUCAUAUGGAAGGUAUUCCAGAUCAAAGCUUCCUCCGUACGAGGUUAGAGAAGGUAUCCAAGAGGUACAGCAUUCAGUUUUAUAUAAUAAAUAUGCGAUUGACAACGAUGAUUAUAACAAAGCUGCCACACUUCCAAUACACAAAGAAGCAGAACACGAUGAACACGGAGUUGCAGGAAAGCUGAGAGGAGCAGGAAACUUUGGAAGACGUUCAACAGAACACUUGAAUACCAGUCCAAGAAUAAUGAGUCCAAUGGGUUUCAUUGUUCCAAGACAAAAUCAAGCAAAAGUAAGAGAUUACUAUGAUUAUAGCGAAGAGACUUCUAGCACUCCUAUCAAACCGGUUCCUAUUUGGCUGUGUGUUUUUCUAGUAGUUAGUUAUAUAGUUGGUGGUGCAUUUUUAUUCUCUGAUUGGGAAGACUGGGGCUAUGCUGAUUCGGCAUACUUCUGCUUUAUUACGCUGACAACAAUUGGUUUCGGUGACUUUGUUCCUGCUCAAAGGGUAACUAAUAAAAAUGGAGAGAUGAGUAUCGCCCUUUGUUCUCUUUAUUUAUUAUUUGGUAUCGCACUAUUGGCAAUGAGUUUUAAUUUAGUCCAAGAAGAAGUCAUUGCUAACGUAAAAGCGGUCGCCAAACAUUUGGGUAUAAUAAAAGAUGACGGAGAAUAUAUUGAUUGACAUUUUAUAUCAUGAUUUUUAAUUUGUGAUUCUAAAAAAAAAAAGAAAAAAAAAGGAGCAAUCAAAAAAUAGUUUUUAAAACAUAUUUCGUAUUUGAUAAAUUAGAGUACAAACGAUGGUUAGUUUCUCAACAAGCGUUUUCAUGUGAUUAUUUUCCUCUGUACACAUUUACUUGAUGUAUUUGUACUAAUACAGUUGUAAAUAUCAUAAAUAAAUAAAAAAAAUAUAUUUUAAAUUAGCUUUCAUUAACUCGAGGCUAAAGGCCGAAUCACUAAACUUAAUCUGAUCCACACUAAAUGGAAAGUAGAGGAGCCGUAAGUGGAUUUUUUUUCAAGGGAUGCAGAGCGAAUUGUUUCGGUCCUAAGCACCACCACGCUGCGCCUAAACCCAAUCACUUCAACCGACCGUGAGUGUGGAAAAACUAAUGGAGUGGAACGAUGAACUGCACAGUUUUUAAGCUGAUAAUAAUAAUAAAAAAUUGUUAGUCAGUAAAUAAAAUAUAGUUAAAAUGUACGAUAGUGUGAAAUAUGUUGAUAUAUAUGACUUUUUUUUUUGCUAUUGAUUAUGUUAAAAAUAUAAAUUUUAAUUGAAAAUAAAUAAACAUUUUAAGUGGUUAUAUAGUUUAUAAUUUACUUAAAAUUAACUCCUCUUUUUUUUUUUUUGUUUAUUUAAUUUUCAUGACACAUUAGUUCUUAAGAUUUAUAUUUGUAUGUACAUUGAAAUUUUUUAUUGUAUUUGUUCAUAUUAUAAAAUACAUAAAUACCAACUUUA